AUGUGGCUUAUCAACACCUCCACCAUCGCGCUCGAACGAGCAAACUCAGACGACUUACCCUCAACACCAUACGCCAUUUUAUCGCACACAUGGGCUAAAGAAGAAGUCACAUUUGAAGACAUGAUUGACCAGAGUCAAGUCAAAUCCAUGUUGGGAUAUACCAAGAUCGAAAACACAUGUCGGCUAGCUAGAGAGCGAGGUCUAGCUUAUGCGUGGGUCGAUACCUGUUGCAUCGACAAGCGUAGCAGUGCAGAACUCGCCGAGGCUAUAAACUCCAUGUUCAGAUGGUAUAAACAGGCCACUGUUUGUUUCGCUCAUCUUGAUGACUUGCCGCCAUCUACUGAAAAAGAGGUUGUCGCUUUUGACAGGUUGAGCUCUUGCAGAUGGUUCACACGAGGUUGGACUUUGCAAGAAUUGAUCGGCCCCAAGAACCUUGAGUUCUAUGACUAUGCAUGGAACUACGUGGGCAGGAAAACAGAUCUGGGUUCUCUGAUAUCCGAAAUAACCGGUAUACGCCGUGAAGUGCUUGAAGACAGUUCUAUUCUUGAGAGCGUACCCAUCGCGAACCGCAUGUCAUGGGCCGCCAAGCGGAAGACAACAAGGAUUGAAGACACGGCCUACUGCCUUCUAGGCAUUUUCGACGUCAACAUGCCUAUGAUGUACGGCGAGGGUACAAAGGCUUUUGAGAGACUACAGGAAGAAAUCAUCAAGCAAACAACCGACAUGUCUAUUUUCGCUUGGAAAGCAAAGGAUGAGUCUCAAGACUACCGUGGUAUCCUAGCGCAGUCACCUGAGGAGUUCAUACACUGCCGUCACCUUUCACAAGCGCCAAGCAUGAGAUGUGGGUUUGAGACAACCAUGACGAACAAGGGCUUGAGGCUCGAGACCUUCCUAGGUGGUGGCAAUAUCCUCAACUUGGCCUGCACUAAUUCAGAUUGUGCUGAAGGCCAAAAGAGGAUAGGGGUCUUUUUAACUAAAACUGCUGAUGGCUAUGUUCGUUCCUCUCCAUCAAAGCUUUUUGAGACAACGGAUCCACGGCUUUGGGCUGGUGCUCGCUACAAGGUCUUUGUCCGCAAACGUAUCACGCCAUUUGUGUCAGAGGAGUUGAGAGAAGCCCUAGCAAAGAAUCUAGCUGUUUACUUCGAUAUAUGCCCGGGCCUCGAGGUUCGUUCGUUCGCUGCGAAGCCAGCAGAUCUCUGGGAUCAGUAUCACCAUGCAUUCAUUGGCAACGACAAUAAAAAAUUUACCGGCUUUUUGGACUUUCAGAUAUCAGACACGGCGGGCUCAUUUUUGUCUAACCGAAUUAUUGUGGUGUGCAGCCUUUAUCUUCGGCACACACAGGGCAUGAAAGGCAGCGCUGGUAUGUGGAGGGCAAUAUAUGACUCAAGGGAUGGGUCAACUUCGAAAGCGAUCAUGAAAUGUAUAGAUGGGUAUUAUAAUUCGUACGGCGAGGAGUAUUAUCUGUCUCAACUCCAGGAGGCAGUUGUCACAUGGGAUUGGUACUCGCGGCGAGAGGUAAAUGUGCCAUCUGGUGACGAAGGACAUCAUUUACGUAUAUCGUCAGAUGUACAUAUAGACACUAAAACUGGAGCGCACAGUCUAGUUAUCAAAGUGAAACCACCCUUUCCACGCGCACUAGCUUUACCUGGUCCCCAGUACAACUGCCGUGACUGUCAUCGGAGAGACCCAGUCUCCAACGCUAUCUUCGCCUCCACCAUACCAGGUGACGAAGCGGCCGUGCCUGCCCAGGCUGAUAUUGUUGGCAUCCCUGGAGCCACACUGUCUGCUCUCAGUCUUACUCAAGGACUUCUAUGUGCAGUUUCGGCUGAUAGUGUCAAUCCGCAAGCCGUGAUUCAAAUGGAGCGACUGGGCUCUUGCUUCCAUUCCAACGGUCCAUGGGCCGCCAAAGUUCCUGAUCUCUUGUGCAGGGCAUCAUCGUCUGUAAGACUUGAGAGGCUCUCUGCAUGGAUCGGUUGGGAAAAGAAUGAUACAGCGUCAUUCAUGAGCAAAACGACAGGUGGAAAGAUGGCAAGCCUACUUUGCUGUGUUCUGGGGAGUCUAUAUGAACCAGCCCGUGCUGGAAUGAUGAUCUAUGAGUUAUCAGAAAGUAUUCUGCCUUCCGAAGGAAAAAAAACGCCUCUAACUCGUUGCACGUAUUCUCUAUCUUAA